CACUGUACAUUCCUAUCUUCUUUUCCUUCUUCAAUUCCUCAUUUUCAGACUCUCCUAUGAAUGUCUGACUAUGCCCCAAAGAUCAUAUUUCCUGUUUUUCCUUUCUUCGAGCACCAAACUAACAAUAUUCACUGUGAAUGUACCUUGGACCUUUGUUUUUGUGUUUGAAUUCAUCGUUCGUCAUCAAUUUGCAUAUCAUUAUUGUAGUUGUUAUGCUUUGGGAAUGUUUUGUCAUGUUCUUCUAAUUCAGUCAACUACAUAUAAACAUACACCUGCUAAAGUAGAACUGAUUGCUGGUGGCAGUGACAGUGAUGGUGGUGAUAGGUCACUGUUAUGGCUACUUGACAACAAUACCAGUAGCACCAAAUACUGAGCUGCUGCAUACACUUGAUUCAAACCAACUACCUAUACACCAUGGCUCAAAACAACACUUGUCUCAUUCAACCUAUUAUUUAUAAACCAUGAGACAGUUCUCUGUCACUUUUUGUCUACUUUUUGUCAUUUUUUUUUGUCUACUAAAGACUGUCACAAUAUACAAGCUUGUUAAGCCCAACCACAUGGCUCUUGGUUCAGUCUCACUGUGUGGCACCACAGGUUUUGUUCCCAAUACUGAGUUUGCAAAGACUGGAGCAAAUUGCGUCCCCAUAGCUGUGCUUCAAAUUUGGAGGUAGUUUUUUUCCGUUGAAAAGGAAUGUAUUGUUUUUGAGAAUGAGGCUGACCAUGAAGAUUAUAGUAUAUCUACUCAGGAUAUUUUAUGACAGGUGCCACAUUUAAGAAUUUCUACAAAAUUUCUGAAGAAUUAUUUGCUAGAAAGUGGCAGAAUAGGGUGAAACCUACUCCAGUACUAUGGCUGACAUCUACCAACAAUUAUCUCUCCCAGAUUUGUUAACAAAAAGACCAUGACACCUACUCCACCUCCUACUCUUUCUUCUGCUUCUUCAGCGAAAAUGUCUGUGCAGGUGCAACAGCAGAAGGUUAUGAGUUCAAAUUUGGCUGACUCUUCUUUAUCUGACCCAAAUUUGAACAGAUUACAGCAAGAUACUCCAAAAAUCAUUAGUCAAAUAAUUAUGGAUAAAGCUGCUGAUAGUAAUAGGGUAAAAAAUAACACCAGCAUCACUUUUGACAGUGGCAGCAGUAAUAACAACAGCAAGAAAAGCAGCUAUCAAGAGAAUUUUCAAAAUAUAGAAGGUUACUGGUCUGAAAGUCGCAGUACCACAGAAAAGUCCACUCAAACCAAUAGGCUAUCUCUGAUGAGUAUUCCAGGUGACUGGCUUUGGACAGAGCUGCAAAGCAACAAUAACAAAACCAAUUUACCUGCAAACACAGACAAUCUUGUUGACCCAACACAAAAUUCUAACUUGAAAAUGCUAACUACUUCAACACAUACAGAUAAUCAUAUUAAAGAACCAAAUUCAAAUAUGUGGCAGAUCCCCAGCCCGGAGUUACAAGUAAUGGUCAACACACAUACCAAUGCUGUGGUAAAACGGAAGAAUUCAUUGAAGUAUACCAAGAGUGAGAAUAAAGAUGAGAAAAAAGGGAAACAAAAUAAACAGGAUUUUCAAAGAAAGUUGGUGGCAAGAGCUUUGCAUUCAUUUGCCAUGAGUAAUAACAAAAGCAAUAAUAGGAAAAAUAACAUCAACAAAAAUCAGAAUAAUUUUGAUGAUAACUCUUUAAUCAUUAGUAACAAACCAGCAAUAACAAGCCAAGAGAAUUUACCUGUGAUAGAUUUACCUCAAAAGCAAGAAUGUUCCACAUUACAACUUUCAGCAGCAGAGUGUGAAAAAGAUGGAGCUUCUGAUAAACCUACAGAAGUUUGCAAUGAAAUUAUUGGGAAUAAGUCUGAUCUCAAAAAAUCUAUGAUAGAUAAAAAAGAAAUUAACAAUGCAGUUGAGUCAAAGAAGACCCCUAGUAAAAAUGCAACUGUAAACAAUUUUGAUGAUAUUGCAUGUUGCAUAAAAAUAACCCCUCCAAAUGCUCACUCAAAAAACUUGUCAAUUGAUUCACAGCUUCCCAGGAAUGCUACCUGGAGUGGCACCAAACGACUUAAUAUUGAAAAAACCAUUUUAGAUUGGAUGCAUAAAAGAUAUUGUGCUGAGCAGUAUCGGAAGAAACGGUCAUCAUCAGCAGAUACUGUUAAUUAUAUUCAUGGCCAACAUUUUGUUCAGGUGCUCAACAAAACACUUAAUGGAACUGGCAAUGAAAGAGAAAUCCCAUUGUUUUCUGUCUACAAAUUACCAAAAUCUACUAUUCACCUUGGUAAUUACCAAACAGCACCACCAUCAUUUCGCAGAGAAUUCAAACAUAAGCACCAUGGAAUUAUUACCAAUGGAACUCUUGAUAAAGUAAGACAUUCAUUUUAGCUAUUUUGUUUGUUUUAAAAUCAUUUCUUGUUUUCUUUAUAUUUUAUUCUUUAGCCCUUUUUAUAUCAACCUGAGAACUGGAAACAUCUCUGCCUUGUUAAAACUCUUGUUUUAAAAUGCAUGCAUUUAGAUUAAAACCUUUCAUCUUAAUUUUAUGUAAGAACUUUCUAAUAGGUUAAGUCCCAAAUACCAACUUAAUUAACUAAUUGAUGGGAAUG